CCCAUAACUAAUUCCCACGACGCCUAUCAAAUACCAUUUCUUGAUUUGGUAGGGCCGUGUGGGUAUUGGACAAGCGCAGAACGCGGUUAGUAAAAUGCGUUCACGUUGUGGAAACAUCAAACCAGACAAAACCAAAACAAAAUCGAAACGAAGACAAAGUCGUUGGUCGUGGCAAUAUGAAAUUACAGAUUCCAUUAAAAUACAAGCAGAAACACACAAGUCAGACUUGCUUCCCGCGUCUAAUCUUAUUCUUCUGCCGAAGACUUCUCCAUAUUGUAGUUUCGUCUUUAUUCACCCAAUCCCCUAAUUUUCCCGAAUAUUACUAUUCCAAAUCAAAUCAUAUGGCUGAAGCCGGCGACGAGAAUCUUUACGCAGCCGCCAGAGACAUCGCCAGAGCCCUAGGCAAGGACCCAAGCGCCGCCGGAGAUAUUUUACAGAUCCUCUCCGGCUAUGGCGCCUCCGGAAACCGCGGCGGUGACUCUCGACCCACCGCAUCCCGCGGCGGCGCAAACAUCAACCUUGACCGAUCCCUCAACUCCUUAGAGCGACAGAUCUCCGGCUACAUCGUGGAGGAUCGACCGAUCUGGUCCGAUCCCGUUGACUCGCGGACUUUCCUUGACGCUGUUGAUGAGCUACUUGCGAUGGCCGGAGACUUGAGAUCCAUGGCCGGAGAUAAAUCCGUCGCCGUCUGUAUUUCCCGUGCCGAUGAACUUAUUCAAGAGGUGAUGUUUAGGCUUCAGGAGGAGUUUGGGUAUGUAAUGGACCGAGCCCCUGAGUCGUUUGACUCUGACGACGAGUUCUCCGGGGAAGAAGACAACGACAGAAGCUACGGGGACCAAAGCCACCAGGUGAUGAUCACUGCCCGUCCGAUCACUGAUUACAAAAUCGUUAUCGAGCCGUUACAAUCGAGCGUUAUCGGCGAUCUAAACGCGAUAGCUGUGCGGAUGGUCGCUGGUGGUUUCGGAAAAGAGUGUUCACGAGUAUACAGCAGUCGACGUAGAGAGUUUCUAGAGGAGAGUUUGUCGAGGUUGCAUCUGAGGGGACUAAGUAUGGAGGAGGUGCAAGAGACUCCAUGGCAAGACCUUGAAGACGAAAUCGAUCGUUGGAUCAAAGCCGUAACCAUGGUGUUCCGCGUUUUCUUCCCAAGCGAGCGUCUUCUCUGCGACCGCGUUUUCUCUGAUCUUCCUGUUUCCUCUGUAACCGAUCUCUCUUUUAUGGAAGUUUGUCGUGGAACGACCACACAGCUUUUGAAUUUCGCAGACGCAAUCGCUUUAGGGAGCCGUUUGCCUGAACGCUUGUUUAAGGUUAUGGAUUUAUACGAAGCGAUGCAAGACCUGAUUCCCAAAAUGGAAACGUUAUUCUCCAAUAAGUACUGUUCGCCGCUAAGGCACGAGGCGGUUGCGAUUCAUAAACGGCUGGGAGAAGCGAUUAGAGGGAUAUUUAUGGAGCUUGAGAAUUUGAUUCGCCGUGACCCUCCCAAAACCGCGUUUCCAGGCGGUGGGAUUCACCCGAUCACGCGGUACGUAAUGAAUUAUCUGCGUGCGGCGUGUAAAUCAAGGCAGUCGUUGGAGCAGAUCCUUGAUCAGGCGGGGAACGAAACCGGAUCAGACACAAGACCUUUGUCUGUGCAAAUUAGAUGGGUUUUGGAGUUGUUGGAGAGUAACUUGGAAGGCAAGAAACGAACUUACCGUGAUCCGUCUUUGUGCUUCCUGUUCAUGCUGAACAAUGGAAAGUAUAUUCUUGAUAAGUCGACAGAUAACGAUCUCGGUUCGAUCCUAGGAGAAGAUUGGAUUGUGAAGCACGCGGCUAAACUGAGGCAAUACCAUUCUAGUUACCGAAGGAGCUCGUGGAACCAAGUGGUGGGAUUGCUAAGGACCGAGAGUCCGUAUCCUAAGCUAAUAGAGAGCCUUAGAUUGUUCAAUGCCAAGUUCGAUGAAGUGUGUCUGACGCAAUCCCAAUGGGUUGUUAGUGAUGAGCAAUUGAGAGAGGAAUUAAGAAGCUCCGUCGCCGGAAUUGUGUGUCCGGCGUACAUGAAAUUCAUCGAAAGACUGAAGGUGUCGCCGGAGAUUAAUGGGAGGCGUGGAGAGCCGUUUAUUGCAUAUACUGUUGAAGAUUUGGAAUUGAGGAUUAAAGGGUUGUUCAAGGAGAGAGCUUAAGUUGAUUAUAAUUUAUAUGAAAAGAACAAAGAUAUUAUUAAUUGAUAAAUCUGUACAAUUGUGAAUCCUUGUUAAAUAAAUUUUAUUUUCUUGUGAAUCCCGUUCAUGGAUCACUCGCUGAAAAUAAAAGAGUGACAAUAUACAUCAAAGCUUAGAAC